AUGCGCGUCUCAUCUUCAUUUGUUGCCUACCUGGCAGGGUUUCUAGCUUCAGCUGCCCCUGUAGUGGCCGAACUGAGCAAGCCUGUCAUGAAUCCCGCAGUACCUUUCAGCGAUCUGGAUCCCAUCCUGUUCAAGUAUCUCAAGUCAACGCCCCACAACAGAGAUCAAUGGGGAUGGGGAUGGCUUCCUGCUAGGUGCAAAGCCAUUGCCGAUCAGCAAGGAUUGAACGCUUACGACAUUGACGUCUACAAUGUUCACUACAACGACUGCGGCCAGGCUUGGGUCAUGUGCCGUCAUCAUUUAUCCCCAUUGUCUAUCGACACCAUGGCUGAGAAUUUCGGUCGCAUUCCUGUUCGCAUGCGCAACUUUGUUCGCGUUCAGUUCGCCCUUCCACAGAAAGACAGCUCAUUCGGAGGUGCAACCUUCUCCGAUUUGGGGGAUAUCCUCUGGUAUGGCGACGUAUCGAAGACUCUGCGCUUCUGGAUUCAUGAGGCCGGUCAUACCAUCGACCGAACCAUUGAUCCUGCAGCCAACGAUGACUGGUCUAAGAGCAGUGCGUGGCUUAACGAAUACAACAAGGAUGGUUUCAUCUGUGAUGACUAUGCCAAGAACAAUGCUGCCGAAAACUUUGCUCAGGAGGUCAUUGUGGCCCUCUUCGACAAGGUCGUGCCAGGUGGACUUGGCAGCGUUUCCCCCAAUUGGAACAGCAUUUUCCACCAAUACGCUACCGUUCAAUCCAAGCUGGGUGACAUCUUGAUUCCUGGUGGUACAUGCAACCGAAAGUUUGCAGAUGACACGAUUGUAUGCAUGGGCCCUGCUGCGAACUGUAAUAGCAAGGCGAAUGCCAAGUUCAGACUCAAGGCCGAUAAGACUCAGGACGCUGCUAUUGUUGCGGCUUCGGAUAACCCACCCAUUGAGGACCUCUUCAAGGUCGAGGAAUGA